AUGUUCUACGAUCAUACCAUUGUGAGGUCACGAAAGUCGAAUUUUUCAUUGGUUCAGGCGAUCAAGUGUCAAUUGGUGCGGUUCAGCAGCGGCGGGAUCCUGGUCGACUGGUAUACCUACGGUACCUACCUAGUACCAUCUUGCUGGAUUGUUAUACGCAUUUUGGGAAGCAGAAAGGAGAAGAAUGACGCUCAACCAUAA